AUGUCGCAAUACUAUUUUCACAUUGAUAGUAUUCUGACUUUAAAAGGCAAUACACUUAAGGUAAAAAUAGGCCAAGAAGACUUUAUGGACUGGGAGGCCUUUUGCCCUUCCAUUAUUAACUUUACAAUGCGUCGGAAUCAAAAUUUUUUUUUACAAGUUUUCGAGACGACAUACAAUUUAUUCAGUGCAGAAUGGGCAGCACUGGUGGAGGAAGCUACCAAGCUACAUUAUGAGUAUGACCGCGCACGAGCAAAGUUGGAACGCGAAGACUUUAGUGUACAACAAAACGCAAAUAUACAACUCCAGGAAUUAUAG